UUUUCCCAGCGUUUUCCCAGCGUUUUCCCAGCGUUUUCCCGAUUUUUCCCCCCCCGGCAGGUGCGGGAGAUGAAGCGGGAGAGCCUGGAGCGCGACCUGCGCUUCGUGGGCUUCAUCGUCCUCUCCUGCCCCCUCAAAGCCGACUCCAGGGCCGUCAUCAGGGAGAUCCAGAACGCUUCCCACCACGUGAGGAAACAGUUCCAGGGGGAAAAACACCUGGAAAAACCCCCCCCCGGGGAGAUCGGGGAGGGAGGGACGACUCUGGCCUAUUCCCGAAUUUUCCCCUCCGCAGGCUCCCCGUGGCAGUGGCGCUCCCGGGACGGGGCGGUGGCUCUGCCGGAAUUCCCGGAACGCCAGCGGGAUCUGACGGAGCCCUUUGACCUCUGCCUGACGGGGGAGGGGCUGGAACGGCUCCGGCUCCGGCACCGGGAGCGGCUCCUGCGCCUCAUCCCCCACAUCCGAGUCUUUGCCAGGGUCGUGCCCAAGCAGAAGGAGUUCGUGGUGACGGCCCUGAAGAGCUUGGGCUUCCCCACCCUCAUGUGCGGCGACGGCACCAACGACGUGGGCGCCCUCAAACACGCCGACGUGGGGGUGGCCCUGCUGGCCAACGCUCCCGAGAGAAUUCCCGAGCGGAAGAGGCGCCCCCGGGAUGGAAUUCCCGCCCGAGCCGCUUCCCGAGGAUCCAAACCCCGGCUCGGCUCCGGCUCCGGCUCCGGCUCCGGCUCCGGCUCCCAGCGGGAGGAGCAGCUGGCCAGCCAGAGGGAGCGGCUGAGCCAGGUGCUGAAGGAUCUGGAGGAGGAUCGCGCUCCGGUGGUGAAGUUGGGAGACGCCAGCAUCGCCGCCCCCUUCACCUCCAAACUCUCCUCCAUCCAGUGCAUCUGCCACGUGAUCAAGCAGGGCCGCUGCACUCUGGUGACGACGCUGCAGAUGUUCAAGAUCCUGGCCCUCAACGCCCUCAUCUUGGCCUACAGCCAGAGCGUCCUCUACCUCGAGGGGGUCAAGUUCAGCGACUUCCAGGCCACCCUGCAGGGGCUGCUCCUGGCUGGAUGCUUCCUCUUCAUCUCCAGGUCCAAGCCUUUGAAGACCCUUUCCAAGGAGAGGCCCCUUCCCAACAUCUUCAACCUGUACACGGUGCUGACGGUGCUGCUGCAGUUCCUGGUGCAUUUCCUGAGCCUCCUCAUCCUCUACCGAGGGGCCCCCCUCCGCAGGGAGGAGGAAUUCGUGGAUCUGAGCAAGGAAUUCGAGCCCAGCCUGGUGAACAGCACCAUCUACAUCCUGUCCAUGGCCAUGCAGAUGGUCACCUUCGCCAUCAACUACAAGGGCCACCCGUUCAUGGAG